UUAGGUAUAACAAAACCGCAAUAUUUGUAGCACAGAAAAAAAAACAAAAAAAUUAAGAGUUGAAUUAAAUUUUAAAUAUUAGUUGUAGCAAAUGAUCAAAGCAAAAAAAGAAUCGAGAACACGCAUUAGUGAAAGUUAAGCCAUUGAGCCCAGCAAUUAAACAGCCCGAAGAAACGUCGACGUCCAAUUUUGUGGAGAACCACCACCAUUACGCUGUCAAGAUGAUGAACGAAGCUGCAGCUCUGGCAAAUAUGAUUCCCUACGACACAAUUGGACUCUACGAGCAGCCCAAGCCCCGAUUCAUUUUCAAGAUGCCCCGUGUGGUGCCCGACCAGAAGUCCAAGUUCGAGAGCGAUGAGCUGUUUCGCCGUUUGUCGAGGGAGAGUGAAAUUCGUUAUACGGGAUAUCGGGAGCGAUCCAUUGAAGAGCGACAAGUGAGAUUCCUUAACGGCUGCCGCGAGGGCCACACAGAGACAAGCUUUGUGGCAUCGGGCACCAAUCUUCAGUUGGUGUUCAAUGCAAAUCAGAAUCCCUACCUGCACGACAAGGAGUGCGAUUUUGAAAAGGAACAUGGCAAGGUGCAUAUCAAAUCGUACUUUAUUAUGAACGGUGUAUGUGUGCGUUUUCGUGGCUGGCUGGAUCUGGAAAGGUUGGACGGCGUGGGAUGUCUAGAGUACGACGAGCGUCGCGCCAUGCACGAGGAUGCCAUUCUUCGCGACCAGAUCGAUCGUUAUAAUCAGCGGCUUCGCGAAUUUGAGGAUACCAAGCGAGCCUAUCGCGACAAUCGCCAGGAUGAGAUGGAGGCGGUACGACGGGGUGUCGCUUCUGGCGGAAUUGGUGUAGGAGCCAGUAUGUGGCGACGUUAGUUAGACCUUUGGACGGCAACUGUGCCGUCCCAGUCGCCGCAGCAAGAGACUCAAUUUGCAAAUAAUACUCAAUAUUUUAUGGAAAACUGAAAAUGCUCCAGUCUUUCGCCGUUGAACAGUCCACAAACCGGGAUUGGAUCUGAUUACGUGCAACUAUGCUAAGAUUAUGAUAUGCUCUCGAAUAUAUAUGUAUUUACUUGUACUUCUGUAUGCUCUUAGUCCGUAGGAAUAUUCUGUAGCUUUUACCUAAUGUAUGCUUUUAUGGUAUUAAUCCCAAAAUCUUACAGUUAAUGUCAAACAUAAUUGACAAAUAUUAUACUAUAAAUAACUAAUAAAUAUUUACGUGUAA